GGUGCUCCGAAUAACCUAACAAGCCACGGUGCAGAGUCACAUGGUGAUCACCACGUGAAAGUACAUCGCGCAAUCACUUUCGCGGCGAAUGCAGCUUCUCAGGCGCGGUUUGCAUUAUAUCGCGCGUAGGGUUGCGAUACACCGCGUGUCCGACAUUCCGCUCGCGAGGCCACCUGUCAGAGGCGUCGCGGUCACAGCUAGUUUUCUCGAUUUCAGCCGGUGGGGCACUAGGAAGGCGAACAGGAACUUGAAGAUCGCCCUCGCGCUCGACAUGACGGAUCCUAAGAUCGAGGAAGCCUUAGCACCGCUACGGGCGAGCGUUAAAGAACAAGGUGACUAUGUGCGCAAGUUAAAAUCUGAUGGCGCUCCAGAAUUAGACAUCAAAAAAGCUGUAGCGGAAUUGAAGCUGCGCAAAAAGAUACUAGAAGACAAAGAGCUGUCUCUAGCUUCCUACAGUGUAACAUUUGACAGAGCAAGGAUGGAAGAUCUCUUGAAGCGUAGAUUCUUUUUAGACCAGUCUUUCGCAAUUUAUGGAGGUAUUACUGGACAAUAUGAUUUUGGACCCAUGGGUUGUUCAUUGAAGACAAAUCUGAUAAACGCCUGGAGAAAUUUCUUCGUUCUGGAGGAACAGAUGCUUGAAGUUGAUUGCUCUAUUUUGACACCUGAGCCAGUAUUAAAGGCGUCUGGCCAUGUGGAGCGAUUUGCAGAUUUGAUGGUGAAGGAUGUGAAGACUGGAGAAUGCUUUCGAUUAGAUCACUUGAUCAAAGCACACUUGGAGAAGAUAAUCUGUGACAAGAAGACUAAUGAGACUGCGCGCGAAGAGUGCAGAGACAUCAUCAUCAAGCUGGACGGUAUGACGAAGGCUGAAAUGGCUGCAGUGUUGUUGAAAUACAACAUGAAAUCGCCAGUUUCUGGUAACGACCUAACAGAACCGAUAGAAUUCAACUUGAUGUUUGGCACUCAAAUUGGACCGACGGGACUUAUCAAGGGCUUUUUGAGACCAGAAACGGCUCAAGGUAUUUUUGUGAACUUCAAGCGAUUGUUAGCGUUCAAUCAGGAACGAUUACCGUUCGCCGCGGCGCAAAUUGGUAAUGCCUUCAGGAACGAGAUCUCACCGCGAUCCGGACUCAUACGCGUCCGAGAGUUUACCAUGGCGGAGAUUGAACAUUUCUGUGAUCCGAACGACAAGAAUCAUCCUAAGUUCGAGACAGUCAAAGACAUAAGUAUGCUGUUGUACUCAGCUUGCAAUCAGAUGGACGGCAAGAGCGCGCAACACCUUACCAUAGGCGAGGCCGUCUCGUCUGGCUUGGUGGCGAACGAAACGCUGGGUUAUUUCAUGGCCAGAAUUCAUCAGUUUCUACUGAAAGUUGGCAUUGAUUCGAAUCGCUUGCGAUUCCGUCAACACAUGAGUAACGAAAUGGCGCAUUACGCCUGCGACUGCUGGGACGCCGAGUGUCUGACAUCUUACGGAUGGAUCGAGUGCGUAGGAUGCGCCGAUCGGUCUGCUUAUGACUUGACGCAGCAUACCAAGGCCACUGGCGUGAAAUUAGUAGCUGAGAAAAAACUUCCCGCUCCAAAAACUGUAGACGUUUGCGAGAUCGUACUGAAUAAGGUAUUGAUCGGUAAAACAUUCAAAAAAGACAGUAAAGCUGUGCAAGAUACGCUAACAGCAUUAGGCGAGGAUGAGAUUGUGUCAUUGGAGAAAAUUCUCAGUGAGAACGAAAGUCAUGAGCUGACUCUGCCUAGCAACGUCGUCGUGAAGAUUACUAAAGACAUGAUGGAAGUAAAGCGUUAUCAGAAGACCGUUCACGUGGAAGAGAUUAUACCUUCGGUGAUCGAGCCUUCCUUCGGCAUCGGCCGCAUCAUGUAUGCUCUGUUUGAGCAUAAUUUCAAGGCGAGAGAAGGUGAUGAGAAGAGAACAUACUUUGCCCUACCGCCUGUAGUAGCGCCGUUGAAAUGUUCGGUGUUACCUCUUAGUGGCAACGAUGAAUUUGUAUCGUUUGUAAGGAAAUUAUCACAAGAUCUUACGAGAGCAGAUGUUUCGCACAAGGUGGAUGACUCUUCUGGUAGUAUAGGACGCAGAUAUGCUCGUACCGACGAAAUAGCGAUUCCGUUUGGUAUUACCAUUGACUUCGACACUUUGAAGACGCCGCACAGUGCUACGCUUAGAGAUAGAGACAGUAUGGGACAAGUCAGAAUAAAUUUGGACGAGCUGCCUGGCGUAGUAAGGGAUCUCUCCUAUGGAAGGACUACUUGGGCGGAAGUGGAAACAAAAUAUCCUAAGUUUGAACAACAAGAAUCAACAGAACCAUAGGAAACUUAGAUAGGCUCGAGAAUAAUUUAUUUGUAUUAUACGGAACUGUAUUUUGAAUGGCGUAUAUAUGAAGUUUUUAUAUAUUCAGCAUAUCGAGGUGCCUAUCAGAAAAUACAUUGCUAACUUUUGGAAGAUUCAGUUCAAGCAUUUAUUAUAUAUAAUUAGCAAAUUCAAUAUUACAAUUUUCUAUAAAUUUUAGAAAUUUACAUAAUAUGUAUUUAUGUACUCAUUCAGAAAACUUUGAGAAUUCACUCUAUUUUGCAUUGUUAACAAUUGUAAUAGAAUACUUCUAUUAGUUUUCACAUCAUUGAUUUAUUGAUGUUACAAUCCAGUCAUUCAAUAUUUCUUAGAAGCAUUUACUUAUUUAAACAUUUUUAUAAACACUGUGUAAAAAAUAUAGAUCUGUUAUUUCAA